AUGGCCGCUCCCAUCUUUGACGCCGCCCGUGCCGGCGACGUCGAGGCGCUGCGCCAGGCGCUCGAGGCCGAGCCGCAGCUGCUUGCGGCGCGCGAUGCCGACCAGCGCACGCCGCUUGCUGUGGCUGCGGCCGCGGGACAGGCCGAGGCGGUCAAGGAGCUGCUCCAGCGUGGUGCUGAACGCGGAGAGACGGCUGAGCUCGGCGAGCUGAGCGCAGAAGUCUCCGCUGCGCUCUCGUCCGAGGCGCAGCCGGCGGGCGAGGAGCAGGCUGCCGAGGCCGUGCCGGAGCACGCUGCGCCCGUCGACGCACACGGCGGCCAGCAGCUGCCCGACGGCUCGAUCAGCUACGGCAGCUACGAGCAGGGCGCGUACCCGAUGAUGGCGCCGUACCCCAACGGCGCGCCGCAGGGCUACUACUACGAGGCCCAGCCGGCGGGCCCCAUGGCGCAGCCGCAGCCGCCGCACGGAGGCUACGCGCACCACCACCACGCCCAGCACCACCACCAGGGCGGCGCUGCGCCGCACGGCGGCCGGCGCAACGGCGAGCACGGGCGCAAGGACUCGGCAGCGAACCUGCCGCCGCCGGAGGUCGCGCGCAUGAUCCCAUGCCGCAACUUCCCCAACUGCCGCUACGGCGACAAGUGCGCCUUUGCGCACCCGAUGCCCAUGGCCGCGCUGCCGCCGCCGCCGGGUCCGAUGUCGCCGUCCAGCUCGCACCACGGCCAGCAGCCGCCGGCCGGUCGCGAUGCCGCACAGGCACCGCAGCAGGGCGCCCAGGGCGGCGCGCCCAUGUACUACCAACCGCCGCCGGGAUACGCCUACGCGCCGUACGGUCCGCCGCAGUUCUACCCGAUGCCGCCGCCCGGCCCGCACAUGCAGUACUCGCCCGCCGGCGUGCCGCUGCCAAUGCACUUCCCGCCGCCGCCGCACGUGUCGCUGCCCGGUGGCCAGCACGGCGAGCCGAGCCACCUGCACGGUGUGCAGCCGCCGGCGCAGCACCAUCUCGCGCCGCAGGCUGAGCCCUUCUCGCCGCACCACUUUGACGCCGCUGCGGAGCAGCAGCAGCAGAGCCAGCAGGCCGAGUCGCAGCAGACCAAGUCGCCGGCACCCACCGAGCAGGCCGCUGCCGCAUCCGCCGAGCAGCAGGCUAAGCCGAGUGCCGAGUCGGAGGCCCAGGCCUCGACCACCGAGGCGCCGCAGCAGGAUGGCGACGCGCCCGUGGCCAAGGACGCUCCCAGCACCAGCGCUGCGGAGUCCACCAAGGCCGCCGAGAGCGAGCCCAAGGCCGGUGGCUCCGUCACGCCUCCGGCGGUCGACGAGACGCCUGCGGAGAAGGCAGAGGAGAGCAAGGAGGUCGCCGCCUCCGCGCCCCAGGUCGACAGCCAGGGCCGCCCGAUCCACCGGCGCCAGUCGUUCAACUCGUUCCUGCACCACCACGCCGUGCCGUUCCAGCCCGGACAAGGCCCGGCGCCGGCCGUCGAUGCCAGCGGCAUGACGAUGAGCAACGGCAACGGCCACGCAAGCUCGGGACCCUCGUUCCGUGGCAAGAGCCGCCGCGGUGCCGUGCCGUACCAGGGCUCGAGCCGCAGCCGCGAUGGCUCGGCCCGCCCGCCGUGCAUGUUCUUCAACGUCGGCCGCUGCCGCUUCGGCGAGGACUGCGGCUUCCCGCACAUCAUGCCCGACGGCUCUGAUGCACGCAGCCUCGAGGCGCAGCAGCGCUCGUACUCGUCGUCGCGCGGCCAGGCCGCCGGCGGCGCUGCCGGACCGAAUGGCCCUCGCCCGAUCAAGGGCCGUGCUGCUCUGCCGGCGACGCCCUCCGGCGGACCUGGCGCAUUCGCGCCUCCCACUGGACCGCAGGCCAAGAAGAGCGCGCUGCCUCACAAGGUGCACGCCAGCGCAGGUGCCAACGGCGCAUCGCAGUCGGCACCGCAGGCGCAGCCGCAGCCGCAGGCACAAGCCCAGGCCCAGGAGAGCCAGAGCCAGGCACAGCAGUCUGCUGCCCAAUCGGAUGCGCCGGCUCAGUCGCAGCCCGCCGCCGCACCUGCUCAGCAGGCCCAGGCGCCGAGCCAGCCCCAGGCUGCCAACGGCGCUUCGUCCAGCAGCGCGCCGAAUGGCACGGCUGCAGGUGCCUCGCGCCCGGCAGCGCCCAAGGGCCAGAGCGCCAAUGGCGCGAACGCCAGUGCUCCGGCCCGCGCUCCGGCGUCCAAGGCCAAUGGCGCCAGCCAGGCGCCUCGCAAUGGCGCAAACGGCGGUGCUCAGCAGAGCAACGGUGCUGCCGCCGCCCAGGCCAGCAACACGUCGCGCAAGCUUGCCGCACAGCGCGUGCCGACGGUGAACGACUUCCCGGCACUGCCCAUCUCGCCGAACCCGCAGACUGCUGCGCCGGCCGCGGCAGCCAACGGUGCCGCUCCGGCAAGCAGUGGCGCUGCGACGAACGGCGCCGCGCCCACCAAGGCCAACUUCUCGGCCAUCCUCUCGGCCCCGGCGCCCGUCAAGGCGAAGCCCGAGCCGGCUCCGGAGGCGGCUGCCGCGCCUAGCGAGGAGAAGCCUGCGGAGAAGGAGCAGCCGACCAGCGCAGCAGCCAAGGACGGCGCCGCGCAGAGCAGCGAGACGAAGCAGGCCGCGGCCUCGUCGCCGUCGCCUGCCGAGCCGGUGGCUACCAGCAGCGCCACGGCUGUCCUGGCAUGA